AUGCAAAGUUUAUUGCAGCCAUCUCAACAAACUCUCCUAGUCCGUUCUCCAACUGAGGGAUCUCUUAAGAGCUAUUCCAGAUACGAGAGCAAAGGCAAGAAGAGGAUGCUCUAUAAGAAUAAUAAAGGUGAAAUUGUUGACCCUCCUGAAAAAUCACUCAGAUUGCAAAAUACUCAAUAUUCAUAACAAAGCAAAACCAAUAAGUCUCGAACUACCACCCCCACACCAUCUGAAACCAUCAAAACAUAAACUACAUCAAUCUUUGAUUUGCUUCCCAUUGAUGAUCCCAUUUGGUUAGAAUUGAUUCCCAUAGAUCUCUAAUAGGAUCAAAACUUUAAUCUUGAAAAAUUGAUUAGUGAAAAUCAAGAGUACUUUGUUAAUUUGCUUGGAUUGUACAUGUAGGAAAGAUAAUAAAACCGAAUCCAAGAAUUGAAACUUUCAUUACCAAACAAAAAGCUUUCUACCUACGAUUCAGUUUUCAAAAGACUCUAACCCUUAGAUCAAUCAAAUUUCAAUAUCAAAAUGUAUGAUUAAAUCCCAUUAGCUCAGUCCCUUUAAUUAUCAACUUAAUAUGAGACAUCCUAUCGCACACCAAAACCUCAACAACAAGAAAAUUAUAAACCUUCUUAUUACAGAGAUCCCUCAGAGAUGAUGACACUCACAAGUUAUAAGUAAGAUUACUUUAACUGGAAACCAGCUCUAACUGAAAGAGUAGGACCAUAAAGAGGUUAAAGCACAGGAGCAUUGCCAUUUAUUGGUAAGACAUCCUAUCAAGAUAACUUUCGAGCAACUAAUUGUGAACCAACCCAAUCUGCCAAGAAGAAAUCUCUGUAAAUACUUAUCCAAAUUGUAUAUAGUGGACCUUUUGCAUCAAGUAGUUCCAUGAUCUUCAAGGAAGCCUUAUCGAAAAUACAUUAUCCUGGUUACACCUUCGAGGAUCUGCCUUUAAGAAAAUAAAAUAGUAGCCAUAUCCAAAGCAAUGGAUCUUACGAUGGACAAUUUAAAACAACAUUUAAGAAUUCUUUCGCACAUAAAGUACCAGAACCCAUAGUUCAAGAUAGGUAUUGGAAAUAGAAGUUGAUACAAAAGAUAUUAGAAAAAAAAUAGAUUUGA